AGUCUUGUUAAGUGAAUUCGAUCAUUAUUUGUUUGUGUUGCUUAUACUUUUAUACAACUGGACGUAUGACGAACAUUGGCUAAAUGAUUGUAUAAUAACUACAUCAUGGAUUAUUUAUCAUACAUUUUUCUGAGUAUUCAAGCUUUCUGUUUAGCCGCAUCAACAGUUACGAUACGGGAAAAGGUAUUAGGAACAGCUCCAAAACGACAUGAGCUGCUGUGUUCCUGGAACUUUAAUCGCACUUUUCCAGUCAUUUUUAGAAAGAACCAGUCGGGGACUUUCGAAGAUAUCGUAUUCAUAACAACUGACUGCAAGCUAAAAGCACAAACAAAUCUUAAUGGUAUAAAGUGUGGCUGCAUAGACUCUUAUCGUGCUGGAUGCAAUAUAACACAGACGCUGGACAGUGGUGAUGCGGAGGAGUGGAUGUGUGUAGUUCCUUUCCAAGGCCGGAAUAAAAACAGUAAUGUUAUCAAUAUAACGUAUACAGAAUUCAGAACGUCGACGCUGCCAGCAAAUGGCGGCGGAACAACAACCAAAACACGUCCGGCGACAGUCACAAGUUUCUACAUCAACGAUAUGCACGAAGAAUUUAAUGUGACACCCAAUGUGACACUCAAUGUGACACUCAUAGAAACUGGAAAUGGAAGUAUACAUUGUAUUGGCGAGGGAAAUCCUGCACCUUCGCUCAUAUUGAUAAAACAUUCUACAGACGAUGAACACAACAAGACGUUAUACGCGGUCAAUAACAGCACUCAUCUUCGUUACGAUACUUCUAAAUUUGGCAGCCAUCAUUCUGGGAAAUAUACUUGUGUAUCUUCCAACCGUUUUGGCGAGGAUCAUAGAACACUUCAUUUAAUAAUUAAACCGUUAGAAGAAAUCGCAAAUAUCAUGCACGGUUCUUCGGUAACAUUAACUGAAACAGCUGUUCUCUUAAAAUGGACUCUUGAUGACAAUACAUUGUUUCACUUAGUGGCCAACACAACUUGCUAUUUAGUGUACAGGACAGGUGAAGAAACAAAAUGGAUCAACGUUUUAAAAGAGCUCAAAAAGACUGUUACGCUAACGACAAUAAUGCUGGAUCUUGAACUGAACAACCUACGUCCUGAUACUCAAUAUGAAGUUCAACUGAUUGCAAGUUUACAGAUGGGCAAUUACUCAAUCGCACCGUCAUUUACGUUCAAGACAUUGUCGUUGUCCCAAGCAACGGGAAUUGACGUCGUUGUUGCGCCUAUCGUCUGUUCGGUUCUUAUCAUAUGCGUUGGCUUUCUACUGCGAGUGUAUAUGAAAAGGUCACUUCGUAAUGAGGCAAAAGUGGAUAUCGAUAACAUACGUAAAAACGCGCCAGUUUCUCGAAGCACUAUGAAUGCGGUGGGAAAUGCACCCGCAUUUAUAUUAUCAGACGACGAUGACCAUUACGACUGCAUUGAGCUGACCAGAACACAGUCAUGUAUCAAUGUACAAGACGAUCGCAGUGGUCGUUUUGAAUCAGUCCCUCCUCGAGUUAUUGGUAGAACAAAUUUACAUGAUGAAAUUUGUUUGCAGACUCACACGGCCAAUAAAAUCGCGUAUGACUUCCUGGAUCACACUGGAAACCCGACUGAGGAGCAGUACAACUCUAUGGGAGAGAUUGUUGAAGAUAGCUGUAGUUCGGACACAGAUUCGAUAAUCUCCGACAGUUGUUUACAGUACUUGACAGUGAUUGGCAACCUGCCGAUUCCACCAGAAAGUGUCUGUACCAGUGCAUAUGAUGAUGUUGCGAACACUACGCGACCUCCACUUUCAUAGGAAACACGGCCCCUGUAAAUAACUUGUAUCUUUGCCUUACUACGUCCUCUACCGACUGACAAUACGAGACCUUGAAUGUGAAGAGAACCAACAGAGACCUGCUAGGGACGUGUAUGAUAUGGAUGGAUAGGUUUUGAGCAUGAUCCAUGCAAGGACGCAGUACGAACCUGGUAUUUACCGCAUUUAUACCUAAUAUGGAUGCAGUGCGGAUUUGAGGAGCGUGGCGCUGACGUGUGCACUUCAGGUCGCGCUCUCGCUGUGUUGUGUGUACGCUUGAACUGCUUUCUUAUCAGCUAAACCCGUCUACGUCGUGUAACCAUAAGACUUUAACAAUAAUGUAGCUAAAUCGUCUUAAGUUCUGAAAGGUCUUAACCACACUCAGAAAUGUUUACUGCAUAAUUUCUUGGUCUGAUUCAGAUUUUACUACAUAAGCACGACUUCCAUACAAUGUGGUUGUAGAUAGGUUAAAUAGUUUUGCAGAACGAUACCUUCACAAAUCAUGUUUAAAAUAAUGAAUGAACAAGAUGCCGUUUUCUUUGAGACGACAACAGAUCAUGGUAGAAAUAAAUCGCAACUGUUGUGCAUUAAAGAGACACAGGCGGAGAUAACCAAGAGUUUGCUUGGCUCCAAGUUGGCUCAAUUUGAACAUGUUUUCUCUUGCGUUUUUCACUGUUGCGUUUUUUGUUGUUGUUUUUUUUGUUUGUUGUUGUUAAGGUAAAGGGGCUUGCUGAGAAUUAGGAGAUGAGGCGGGGCAUCAUGUAUUUACAUUCCGACUUUUAAUAUAAGAAGUCGACUUAUACCGGACAUAUUGUUGAAUUACGAAGUUUACUAUUUCCGUCAACGAGGUAAUCAAGGGUUGUUUCCCAGCACACCUUUUAAAUUGAAUUUCAGACUCGUGAAAGGUGUGACAUACAUUACAUUAUUUCAGAAGUUUUCAGAUGUUUAGUUUGUAUUAAAAACUGUUCGAUUGUGUGUUCUUGAGCUUCGGAAAGUGGGGGGGAGACGGGAAGCCGUAGUUCAAGAAUACGAAAUCAGAAAUGCGUCGUUUUUAUUGUAAUGUUUCUCAGAAGAUAAAAUAAUAUGAACAUGCAUCUUUUUAAAAUAGUAUUAGUGUAUGCAUACUUGUGUUAUAGCGUAGUCUACAUUGUGUUUGCGCUUGUUUAACAAGGAUCUUGGAAAAAUGUUCGGUUCGCACUUUUUCACUCGUACAGUUAUACAAAUAAUUGUAAAUUGUCACGUUUUAAAGUUUAGCUUUUCACAUUAUAAAAUGAUGGUUCGUAUUCUAUUUUACAUUAAUCGAACACCAUUUGUAGACAUAUAAACUAUAAUUGUGAUUAUGAUACAUAUGUUAUAAUUAAAUAUGUUGAACAAAUCUUUGAACGUGUAUCUAAAAUACACAACGUAGUUAUAACAUGCCUGCGUAUGUAAAGUAGUUAUGUAAUGAGAUGAUAUUGCAAAUGAAUAGAAAAUAGUAUGCAGAUAUUUCAUUGACAUCUUGAACCAAACAAAUGUUUUCCCGAAGUAGAGGAAGCCUUUCUACUAUUCCACUUUAUAACAG